AUGUCUUCCACCACCUCACCCCUAAAGGUCGUCAAGCGUCCCUGGAACGCUCGAGGCCAUGCUGACCACGGAUGGUUGUACACUUUCCACACAUUCUCCUUCGCCUCCUACUACGACCCCAGCCACGAGUCCUUCGGCCCUCUGCGCGUAAUAAACGAAGACCGCGUCGANAAAGGUACAGGCUUCGGCACCCACUCGCACGCCGAGUUUCUCAUCUGGUCUUACAUUGUAGCCGGCGAACUCGAACACAAAGACUCCAUGGGCAAUCUCGAGAACCUCAAGCGCGGCGAAGUGCAAUUCACCUCUGCAGGCACAGGGAUCAGGCACUCGGAAUACAACCGCAAGAAAACCGAAGACGUGCACUUUUUGCAGAUCUGGGCAAAGCCGUAUACUAGAGGUUUGCAACCUAGCUAUGUGACCAGAAAGUUUACAGACGAGAUGAAGGAAAACAAGUUGGUGAGGAUCAUGGAGGAUCUCAAGAGACACAGUGGCAAAGACGCAGAGGAUCAGCCUAUCCCUCUGCAUGCGGAUUUGAGUAUGGAUGCUAGUAUCUUGAGUCCUGGCAAGAGCGUCACUCACGAUAUCGUUGCCGAUGGCAAGAGAAAUGUGUUUGUGCAUCUUGUCAUGGGAGGCAGGACACAGCCGAAAUCUGGAGGUGCCAAAAUCAAGGUCGGCGAUGUGGAGUUGGGUGAAGGUGAUGGCGCGUACAUUACCAAUGCCACUGGGCCAGGCAAGAUUGAGGUUGAGAGCGUGGGCGACAAGCCUGCAGAGUUUUUGCUGUUUGAUAUGGGUAUGUAA